GGGACACUCCCCCGCGUCCAUCUAUUCACUGGUUGCCAACUAUCAUGUGUACAUCCUGUCUUUUUGACUCCAUUCCAUUCAGCUUUUCGCCUACCACUGCCGCAUGGCUUCCAAAGAAAGAUCUCCAUUGGCUCUGGCCGCUUCUUCCGGGACUACCACCAUUACCAUCUCAACUCCUACUACAACUUCUACCGCACUUCUUCAACGACAGAAACCAUGGCAGACACUAAUCCGAUCUCCAAUCCUAGAGAUCAUGAAAAAGUUGUCGAGUCAUCAUCCGGUAAAAAUAAGACUGAUGGCAAGGAUAAGAAAAGCUCGAUCACCGGAGACGAAGACUGUGUUAAGGCCCCCAACGUAACGGAGGAUGAAAUCGGUGGGGAGAGUGGUCUUGCUCGAACUCUCGAGUACCCUGAGGGCGGACUUAGAGCUUGGCUUGUCGUCUUUGGGUGUAACCUCUUAAUGUUCUCAACAUUUGGAAUGGCUAACAGUUGGGUCUUUCAAGAGUAUUAUUCACGAACGAUCCUUUCCGGUCAGUCGCCUUCGAAUAUAGCAUGGAUAGGUUCAGUACAGAUCUCACUGAGCUUGAUGCCAGCCAUAAUCAGCGGUCGACUCUUCGACAUUGGAUACUACCAGGGAACAAACAUUCUAGCCACAGGCAUUCUCGUCAUUUCAACGUUUGUUGUCGGAGAAUGUAAGAAGUAUUGGCAGUUUAUGCUAGCACAAGGAUUUGCUGUUGGGAUAUCCUCAGGAUUCCUGUUCGGUCCGACGUUUGCGGUAGCAGCAAAUUAUUUUCAUAAGAGAAGGCCAUUUGUAUUUGGUUUAAUAUCCAUUGGAUCCAGCGUAGGCGGGACGGUUUUACCCAUCGUAACUCGCACCCUCAUCCCGAAAGUCGGCUUUCCCUGGACGAUGCGCAUCCUAGGUUUUCUUCUCCUCCUCACUACUGGCAUGGCGACCCUUCUCCUCAAACGGCGUCUUUCCCCUACCAACGUAAAGGGUGGUCUCUUCAAUCUCCCGGCCUUCAAAUUGCUCCACUUUACACUGUACUACAUCUCCUGCACAACCAUCUAUCUAGGGUUGUUCACCUUGUUGACAUAUCUCGACAUCGCUGCCAUAGAAGCAGCCAAAAUACCUGUGGAUCUGGCAUUUUAUCUCGUUGCGUUAGCUAAUGCUUGUUCGGGUAUUGGAAGGCUUGUUUCAGGUAUUUUGGCCGGGUGGUAUGGACCUGUGAACAUGCUGGGGUGCUUCGUGGCGAUAGCGGCCAUGAUGACGUACGUUUGGCCUUAUUGUUUGAAUCUGGGAUCCUUGAUUUUUGUAUCGAUCGUGUAUGGGGUUGCAGUGGGUGCUUUCGUCGGGCUCGUCGGUACGCCAUUGUCGCACCCUAAAUUUGGUGCUCAAGGGGACAUGGGGCGAAGAACGGGGAUGCUAUUCACUUGCGGCAGCAUCGGAAUCCUAUGUGGUGCACCUAUAUCAGGUGUCAUUCGUGACGCGACGGGAGGUUACGAAGCAGUCGGGGGGUUUGCAGGUUCCAUCCUUGUACUUUCUGUCGUUCUGAUGUUCGCCGCAAAGUGGGUCGCUACGGGGUCUCCAUGGGGGAAAUUCUAAUGGGAGCCACCUACCCAUUUAUUGGGGGAUAACAGUGGUCAUUAACGGGACAUUGUUUUACACUCGUGCACGUUUCACAGUUCCUCUUUCGUUUCAUGUCUUGUUUUUGUUUUUAGAUGCGCCUUCUGCGAAGAAUGACCUGCGCAUGUAUGUAGAGUAUGUAAACAUGGACGUAUAUUGAAUGCAGUAGAAGCAUUAGGUUGAUUUUUUUGGUCAGGGUAGAUGUUGGGUUCGGGUCCUGAUUGAGUUAUCCAAGCAUGG